AUGAACAGCGUCGGGGAGGCCUGCACCGACAUGAAGUGCGAGUACGACCAGUGCUUCAACCGCUGGUUCGCAGACAAGUUCCUCAAGGGCGAUGGCUCUGGGGACCCCUGCACCGCCCUCUUCCAGCGCUACCAGCAGUGCGUGCAGAAAGCCAUCAAGGAAAAGGAGAUUCCCAUCGAAGGACUGGAGUUUAUGGGCAAUGGCAAAGAAAAACCGGAAGGCUCCUCUUGAUCUCCACAGGCACCUUAAAAUCGGACUCCUCUGCGAAACACUGGAUUUCCUCACCCAAGAUUUCGAAGCCAAGGUGGUGAUGAGGCGCUUAGGAGGAAUUGCUUGUUCUCCUCCUUGAUCUUUUCCUUGUACUCGUCGAAGAAGAUGACUUGCCGUCAUUGGUUUGGGACAAUUCUCUCACUGCUUAGGCACCUUGGAAACUCAGUAAGAGCAAGUG